AUGUCUACAACAACAACCUCCCUCGCUUCCACCGCAACAGCCUGCACAAAUGUCUACCAACUCCCAACUACAGACGCAGCCUGUGCCGCUGUCAUCUCAGGCAACAUGACGUCAGUUUUCGACACAUGUUGCAAAGGCGACAAGCCCGUGAAAUAUGACAACGACUGCGGCAUCUACUGUCUCGCCCAAGAGCAGACUGUUGAUGAGCUCCUCGUCUGUCUGCAAACCGAGGGAAAGAAUUACCAAGACGUAUUCUGCAACGACAAGUUGAAUGCUACUGCCACUGCCAAGGCCACUACCACAGCGAAGGAGACCAGUACGAAGACCAGUACCUCAACGUCGACGAGCACCUCUACCAAGAACGCAGCUUCCGGACAACAUGUUUCAGCGAUGGGACUGGGCGUUCUCGCCAUGGUUAUAUUCUCGGGUGUCUUGGGUUUUGCUUGA